AGCACACACCACGCUUGUCGCCACGACGAUCAACAGGACAACCACAAGACAAGAAGAAGUUGCCAUCUCACAACCAGCGACAAUGGAGAGCCUGCGAGCGUUCCUCUGUCUGUACAUGUGCGUGUCACUGCUGACCCUCAGCCCCUGCCGGGGUCAAAAGUCGGCCGCGCCGUACGAUGACGACGACCUCUCGCGACUCGCCAACGACGAGCUGGCGGAGGCGCUUCAGGACUUCCUGGACGAGGCGGAAAGUCGAAAUGGCCUGUCAGUGGAGAAGAAGGCCAGCGUCAUCCCCAGGUGCGACGUGGGCGAACGCUGCGCCAUGAAACAUGGCCCUCGCAUCGGCCGAUUGUGCGACUGCCUGCGAGGGACGGCGUGCAACACCUUCUUCCUGCGCUGCUACUGAACGCCGGACCGCCAAAUGCAUCACGACACACGUGAAUCCAAUUUGACGACACUUGACACUCUAUGGCUUGAUUUUGCAACACAAGUACAAUUUAAUGCGUUUUCGUAUUGCACACCACUUUAUGAUACGUCACAACAGUUUACAACACUUUACUACACUUAGCAAGAUUUUGCAACACUUUACGGAACGUAACUUUUCAGUCCAACUUCCGACAUUUUACAACACAUUGUUGUUACCAAUACAAUAAUAUUCAUUUUACAUCACUUUAUGAGCCUUAUUCAAGUUUACAACACCUUGCAACACAUUCCAACCCUUUACAACAUCAUGUUAUUACAAAUUUGACAACGCUUUACGACACAAUAAAAUAACUUUAUAACAUGUCAAAUUAUUUUAUAACACCUGACAAUUCCUUAUUGUUGUUACCAACAGAAUAAAUGUGUUUUACAACACUAUAGGACCCUUCACUAAAGUUUACAACACUUUACAACACAUUUCAACUAGGGCUGUCAAACGAUUAAAAUUUUUAAUCGAGUUAAUUACUGCUUAAAAAUUAAUUAAUCGUUCAAACUUCAAACCAUCUAUGAAAUAUGCCAUAUUUUUCUGUAAAUUAUUGUUGGAAUGGAAAGAUAAGACACAAAAUGGAUAUAUACAUUCAACAUACGGUACAUAAAUACUGUAUUUGUUUAUUAUAACAAUAAAUCAACAAGAUGGCAUUAACAUUAUUAACAUUCUCUUAAAGUGAUCCAUAGAUAGAAAGACUUGUAGUUCUUAAAAGAUAAAUGUUAGUACGAGUUAUAGAAAUGUUAUAUUAAAACCCCUCUUAAUAAUUCCGUUUUAUUAAAAGUUGUCAAAUUUUCAAUCAAAAAAUAAACUAGUAGCUCGCCAUUGUUGAUGUCAAUAAUUACACCAUGCUUACUCAUUGUGCUUAAACCCAUAAAAUCAUUUGGACCCAAGUGCCAGCAGAGGGCGCCAAACACCAAAAAAGAAGUAACAAGCGGACAUAACACUGCUGUCAUUUUAAUCUGUUUGAGCGGGGCAUGUGCGUUAAUUGCGUCAAAUAUUUUAACGUGAUUAAUUUAAAAAAUUAAUUAACGCCCGUUAACGUGAUAAUUUUGACAGCCCUAAUUUCAACGCUUUAGAGCAAAUUAACCACUUUACACAACUGUACUAGAUGUUACAACAACAUGUUAGUACAAAUUUAAGAACACUUUAUUACACUUUUAAACAGAAUUUACAGAACUGAACACUUUACAAUUCCACAUUGUUAUUACCAACUCAAUAGCUUCAGAUUACAACUCUUUCCUGAAGUUUACUACACACAUUCCAACACUUUACAGCAAAUGAAACACUUUACACGACUGUACUAGACGUUACAACAGCCAUGUUAUUAAGAAUUUGACGACGCUUUACAACACAAAACAACA